AUGGCCAUCGACUUUGUUGUCGCAAUCCCGACGUUGGUUGGGUCGUGGCUCUCAUUCUUCGCCUCGACAACCGCCAUUGUGCUCCAGAUUGUUCGUCCCCCGAGACGGCAUUUCCGCCAUGCUCUGAUCAUCAAUCUACUUGUAUCAGAUGCCAUGAACACCUUGUCCAACGCCGUCUCUGGCUCCAUCUUCCUCGCACAAGGCCGAAUGCCAGGCGGCGAGACCAAACCAGAUGCGGCGUGUAUCGCCAACGCCUACAUCAACCAGCUCAGCGUCCAGACGAUUGAUUUCAACAUCCUUGUCAUAUCCAUCACGGUCCUUCUCACUGUGCUGAAGACCGAUCGUGUCGCUGAUCUCUCGAUUCGGUUCCAAGCGCUGCUCUGCAUAGCUGCUUGGGUGCCAGCUCUCAUCACCAGUAAUAUCGCGCUUGCGCUGAACGGGUUCGGCUACGUAAGCGGCAACUGGUGCUGGAUCCGAGCUGACCGUCUGGAUCUGCGAUACGCGCUUACUCACGGCUGGCGCCUCUUUAUAUUCUUUGCUACGAUUCUUAUUUAUACAUAUAUCUACAUCCAUCUCAAGAGGGUAUUCAGGAGAAUCCGAAGUGUCACUACAGAGCUUUCUGAAGCGAGCUACGACAGCUCCGUCGCAGGAGGCUCCUACACGCAAGACUCCGACGGGCACCAGGUUCUGCAGCCCGACUCCUUGCCCCUUGUCGAUAGGCCACAACAAAUAGGAACCGAAGCAGCAAGGGGCCAAGUAUCCGGUUUGGCAAUAUCUAAUCAGCCGCAAGACCGCGCUAUUAAAAGCUUUCCAUCCAAGUCAUUGAUGCCACCGCCCCCUAACCUCAGCAAGAUGUUGCUAUUAAACGGGUAUCCCAUCGCGUACAUCAUCUUGUGGAUUCCAGGGAUCGCGAAUCGACUGACUGAGUCUUUAAACGGGGCAUCUCCGCGAUGGCUCAAGGCUCUGCAGGCCUCAACGCAAUUUAUUGGCUUAGUGAAUGCUGUGACGUAUGGUUUGAGCGAACAGACGCGGCAGAAGGCAUGGAGGAAAAUUAGAGGCGAUGUUUGA